AUGGUCGAAUUCAACGACGUCCGCACCGACCUCCCCAUGUCCAUGGCCAUGGCCGCCUUCACGGGCGUAUCGUGGUGUCUCGGCGUCGAAGUCAUCCUGUCGCUGUUCAUGGUGUUUAAACGGCGGCGCGGCCUGUAUUUCUGGUCGUGUGCGCUCGGUGCACUCGGCGUCAUCCUGCAGCCGCUGUUCAUCAUCCUCGCGGAUUUCCGCGUCUGGACUGACCCGGUCCCCUCCAUCGUCAUGAUCUAUCUAACGUGGUUCAUCCUCGUCGUCCCGCAGAGCUGGGUGCUGUACUCGAGAUUGCACCUGCUCAUGUCCUCGGCGAGGACCUUACGCGGGAUCAAGUGGGUGCUUGUCGUUACGAGCAUUGGGUUCUCCGUGCCGACGAUUGUGCUGGGGACUGUUGCGCAAACCCGCCCCCGCCUCAACAGCCACCUCACCUCGGUAAACAUCACCUGGGACCGCGUGCAACUGGUCGUGUUCUUCGUGCAAGAGACCGCGCUGUCCAUAAUGUACAUCUUCAAAACGCGCAAGUUCCUCCGCGGCCGCUCGACGCUGCGCUGGUCGAUUCCUGAGCCGAACGCGCUCCACACAAUCCCAUCUACCUCCGGCCUCCCAAUUCCAACACACGCGCAGCACUCGCAUUCGCAUCCGCACCACACCCUCUCCGCCUCGCAAGCCAUGAAAAACGAAGAGAAGGCCGUGCUGUGGCAACUCAUCUACGCAAACACCCUGAUCAUCGCGCUGGACGUCACGCUCCUCGGAAUCCAGAGCGCCGGUCCAAGAUUGUUUCAUCUCCAGGGCGCGUUCAAGCCGUGCGUGUACGGGAUAAAGCUGAAGCUGGAAUUUGUGAUUCUUAAUAAGCUACGGGAUAUCGCGACGAGGCCUGUUGGGGGCGCUGUCGGACACUGGAACGUGGAUGCAGAUGCGGCGUAUGGCGGGAGUAGUGGGAGUUCGAACUCGCAUGACCAUCCGAGAGGACAUGGACGGGGACAGAGGAAUAGUGCCGGCUCUGCGAUCGGGCAUCUCGCGCCCAAGGCGUGGAGGGGGAGUUAUCGGGGCGAGGGGAGUGAUGAGGUGCAGCUUGUUGUGAGGGCGGAGCAGGUGCAGUAG